CCGAGCAGCCCGACCAGUCCUCACUCAGCCGUCGGGGGGAGUGUACACGCGCCGCUUCGCUCCCUAUUGUUCCAUUGUGUGUGCGUGUGAGAGGUCAGUUCUGCGUACAUGACCUCGGCCGUGACGUACACCAUGUGCGCGAGUGUACGUGAGCCGCGCUAGCCACGCCGCGCACACGGGACCUGGCCUGACCUGACCUGACCUUAACCCAGCACGGAAAAGACCUCAACAAGACGAAAUUGGAAAAACAACAAAAAACGAAAGAAAAAAAAUAAUUGAGAGAAAAAAGGGAAAAAAAGACGAAAUUGAAUUAAGAACAGGAAAAAAAGCAAUAAGGAGAAAGGAAAGUAAUAAAGGAAAAAUAAUUGAUAUAGUUGACCUUUGACCUCAUCUAAAGAAAACACACCAGAAAACAGGACCAAAAAAUAGAGAGGGGUCAGAAAAUAUGGGGAAUUAAAACCCUCCCCUCCCCUCCCUCCCCAUCCCCCUCUCUCCCCCUACCCCCCACCCCCCUCUCUCCACCCCCCCUUCAUCUUCCCCUCCACGUGACCCAGGGGAAGAAAUAAAGAAGAGGAAGAAGAGGAAGAGGAAGAAGAGGAACCAUGUCACCCUCCGCCAAGUCAUCGCCACCAUCAGUCAGCUGGAUGAGUGUCAAGUGGGCGUGCCGCUGCCUGCUGCUGCUCCUCGCCGCCCACCUCGCCCGCGCCGAAGAGAUUGGAACCAAGUGCUCCCUCCCCAAGCGGUGGCAGGGGCGGUGGUUUCACUCCGGCGUCGCGUUCCCCGUGGUCAUCGGGCCCAACAAUGUAGACUUCAAGGGGCAGUGCAUCAGGAGGGAGAAGGACCUCUUUUUGUUCAAGGACGAGAACCACAACUGUUAUCGAUGUCUGGUGAUGCAUGAACAACACUACAACGUUAUUCAGUAUAAGGAAACGUACUGCGACACUCACAAUGACCUGUCGUACGUGUGUUCCCUGCUGGCCGGCGACUCGCUCCUCAACUCGCUGUUCCGCCUCAACGCCCAGCCCAUCCCGUGCCCCUUCCCCGACUCGUACACCUUCACCUACACGCGGGGCCACUCCGAGUGCUCCUACCCCCAGAGCGUGGUGGACUCCUGCACGGUGGAACACAAGAUGCUCUUCAGAUACCAGGCCUGUCCAGAUGUGCAAGGGACGGAGAGCUACGAGGAGGAGUUCAUGUGUCUGGGCACUUGGCGGGAGGGCAGUAACAGCUAUCUAGUGGGCAAGAGUGACAACCCCAUGGCAACCUCCGACGAAGACAGGUACCAGUGCUUCGUGUUCAGGGCUUAUGAGGACAGCAACGCCGACGGUUUCCUCGUGGCACAGAGCGGCGACGCGACUUGCAACGGACUCUACUCCAUCAACGGGGGCUCCACGCGACUCGUCCUAGAGCGGGACUCCACGGGGCCCAAGUGCAGCUUCCCCAUGUGGCUGGAGGGCGGGCAUCUGUGGUACUCCCUGGACAGCAGCACGUCGCUCCAGGUCACCCGGCGGAACUCCACGCUCCGCCUCAGCACGCCGGAGCGGAUCGUCACCCACACCUGCCUCACGCCCUACGCCCACACCAACCUCUCCGCCACCUAUGUCACACGGGUGGUGCAUGGAUGUACGAGUGGCUACCAGUGUGUCCAGAUGAUUACAAGAGGCGAACACGUACUGGAGAUCAUAAUGGGUAAGAUCAUGCCCGUGCCCACCCUGGCGUGCAAGAGAGGGUACUUCAACGCCUCCUCCACCAACUUCACCACCUUCGUCAGCAACCGAGCAGAGAGCCGGCGGUGUCCAGGCGUUGGCAGGUACGAGGUCAUGGGCGGGAUGGAGCCAAACAGCGUGUCCGGAGAGAGGAGACAGCAGCUAACAGGCAAAGGAGGAGGAGAAGGAGGAGGCAGCAGGAGAAGAGACAACCAGGACACGAAAGGGGACGCAUCAGGGCAGGAGGCAGGAGGAGGGAAUGAAGGAGGAGGAGGAGGAGGCGGAGGGGGCUUGCUGUACCCUCCUGACGAAGAUCUGCAGUGUCUUGAGGGGCCCUUCACACACCUGGCUGUCGGCUGUUCGGGAAGCAACACCUUGAUUCUCAGUAACCAGUGCUCCUCUGCAGAGUACUCCUGCCAUGGGUCUUGGGAGGAUGGCGGGCGCGAGUACCUGGUUGUGACACCCACCUCGCGUAGCAGCAAGGGUGUGCGGCGGCUGUGUCUGGUGCUGGAGCGGGGCGCGGGGGUGCUGUCCCUCGCAUCCUCCUCCAGGUCCUGCGGCCGGGACCUCACGCCAGGGCUGCACGGCCACAUAGCCCUCAACACCACCAGCACAGGUGGUUGUCAUUCUUCUCCACCGGUAACAGGAGGAGGCGGAGGACAACAUCUGGUCACGUGGAUACCCCUCCUCGCCCUCCUCCUCCUCCUCCCCCUCUUCCACCCCAGCAUGUGAGAGGGAGGCGAGAGGGAGGAAAACGAGAGGGCAGCGAGGGAAGGAAACUUUGAGACGUGAAACUGAAACUGGAAACAGGAAUCACAUACACAGACGACCACGGGAAUGAACCAUGACCGUGGGGAUUCAUGGAGGUUAGAUUCCAGGCGAUUCCAGUAUUCCAGGACGUUUUGGGAAUGGGUGCCCCUCCCCUGGAGUGUGCCGAUGAACUAUGCCACGCAGGGAGUGAGAGAGAGAGAAAAGAGAGAGACGAGAGGGAGAGAGCGAGCGGAAGAGGAAGACAUUGAACGCAGGAGUGACAGAAAAUAGAUGGAAAUGAGACUUGGACGCAGGAAGUGAAAAGUGAGAGAGAGAAAGAGCGAGCGAGCGAGCGGAAGAGGAAGACAUUGAACGCAGGAGUGACAGAAAAUAGAGGGAAAUGAGACUUGGACGCAGGAAGUGAAAAGUGAGAGAGAGAAAGAGCGAGCAAGCGGAAGAGGAAGACAUUGAACGCAGGGAGUGACAGAAAAUAGAUGGAAAUGAGACUUGGACGCAGGGAGUGAAAAGUGAGUGAGAGAGAAACGAGAGAGCGAGAGAGAGAGAGAGAGAGAGAACAGUUGGAAUCGUGGACCAAGAGAAGAGCUUGGUAUCUCUCUCCUGUGUAUGUAGAGCUGUGUGUGCGUUUAGAGCAUAGAGCGUCGCCGUCUGUAGGUGGUGUAGCGUCGUCCUGUAGAGCUAUGAGGAGAGCUGCCAGUCCGCCCCGCCCUCUGACCCUGCCCCAGCCCCCCCAGUGCCCCAAACUCCCCCCAGCAUUUACUACUUAGACAACCUUUCCCAGCAUCAACCAAUCACAUGCUACUUAUGAGAGAGGAGGCGUGGCUUGUCCUCCCCUCAGCCAAUGAUAUGCACUGAAUGGCCAAAAGGGGGAGGGGCUAAGUUGCCAAGCUAAGGUGAACAGGGUGUAUUGUGGGGUGAUUCAGGGAUGUAGACCCCUCACGCACCCUAGAUACACCCUAAGCACGCUGGGUUAGGGAUGGGGUGUGGUGGGGUGAGGCAGGGGAGGAGGAGGGCGUCUGGCUGGCGUUAGUUAUUCUGGUGUUACAAAUUAGGCUUCAGUAACCAAUUCACUGCCCCGUUGGUGUUACGGGGCCUGGGAUGGGGCGAGGGGGGCAGGGGACAGGUACCCCAUGCCCCCUCACUGUGUCAAUACCCCGAUGUGCUGUGAAGUGCUCUGAAAUGUAUCGGGCGUCACCCCAUUUCAAGGGACAUGUAUGGAAGCGCUGUCAUGUACUCUUGGUAUGAUGAUGUGACAGACUGAUUGGGCUCACCUGGGGCUUACCUUGGGCUUACAUAGGGGGUCGUAUUUUAAGACAUUUCGCCGCUGAAGAACACAUAUUUGACAAGGGUUUCUUAGGAGUAGUGGGUAUUUCCAGGAGUAGUUUUGUGACCCUGGUGGUAAUUUGGCCCAUCUUCUGUACCAUGAACCUGAAGAUGCACUCAUUAGGACCUGACUGACCCCCUCUUUGACCUUUAGAAAUAGCUGAUGUGAGAAGCGAAAGUGUUUUAUAAUGUCGACCAAAGGGUGGUAUUGUCGGACACUCCCACGCCUCACACCAACUCUUCUCAAACGCCGAAUAAGAGAUCAGUCAGGUUCUAAUGCAUCUUUUUCAGUUUCACGGUACAGAGGAAGGGUCAAACUACCACCACGGGUCAUAAAACUACUACUGGAAACGCCCACCACUCCCAUGAAAGCCUUGUCAAAUAUGUGUGCUUGGGCGUGGAAGUGUUUAAGAAUAUGACCCUCACAACAACAUCCCAGCCCAGGUCUUGUGUCCCGAAACUCCUCCAAAACACGAAACAUCAGACGUACGGAGAAUGGAAAAAGGACGACUAGAAGCAACUGGGACUGAAGAAUGAGUUGUAACCCCCACCUUGUACCCCAAAAGGCACCUCAAUAUCACAUCCAGCCCCAGAGGAAGUAUAUGGAACUGACUGGGAAGAAAUGGGGAACAAAAUGUAGUGGCCUCAACCUGCCCAAGGGAAAGAAAACGGGGACUGACUGGAAAGAAAUGGGGGAGAAAAUGAAACGGCCUCAACCUGCCCCGGGGAAAGAAAACAGAGACUGACUGGGAAGAAAUGGGAAACAAAAUGAAAUGGCCUCAAACUACCCCUGGGAAAGAAAACGGGGACUGACUGGGUAGAAAUUGGGAACUAAGUGAAAUGGCCUCAAACUACCCCAGGGAAGGAAAAUGGAUCUAGUCUAGGGGCAAACUUGAGGCUAAGGAAGUCUACCCCAAACUGCCCAAGGAAAGAAAAAUGGGUCUAGUCUAGGGGCAAACUUGAGGCUAAGGAAGUCUGCCCCAAACUGCCCAAGGAAAGGAAAAUUGGGCUAGUCUAGGGGCAAACUUGAGGCUAAGGAAGUCUGCCCCAAACUGCCCAAUUAAAGGAAAAGGGGGCUAGUCUAGGGGCAAACUUGAGGCUAAGGAAGUCUGCCCCAAACUGCCCUGGCUCAUCAAAUCAGGCCCCAGGAAGAAAACCAGACUGAAUGGGGCUAAAUGGAGCUCAGCCAACCCUAAAACUACCCCCAGAGAAAGUAAUUAGACAACAGGCCUAAAAAAAAAGUAUGGAAGCCCUGUUUAUAAGCCCCAGAGCCCCAAAAAGAAAAUUCCAUACACAUUGCAUCCCGGAAACAGAAAAUGGAAUGUGAAAAAGAAAAUGGGAAGGUGAGAGAAAAUGGGAUGUAUGUGAAGAAAAAUGGGAAGGUGUGAGAGAAAAUGGGAUGUAGGUGACCGAAAAUGGGAAAAUGAGAAAGAAAAUGGGAUGUAAAUGAUGAAAAAUGGGAAGAUAAGGAAGAAAACGGGAUGUAAAUGAUGAAAAGUGGGAAGAUAUGAAAGAAAACGGGAUGUAAUGAUGAAAAAUGGGAAGAUAAGAAAGAAAACGGGAUAUAAAUAAUGAAAAUGGGAAGAUAAGAAAGAAAACGGGAUAUAAAUAAUGAAAAAUGGGAAGAUAAGAAAGAAAACGGGGUACAGGUGAUGAAAAAUGGAAAGAUAAGAAAGAAAACGGGGUACAGGUGAUGAAAAAUAGGAAGAUAAGAAAGAAAGUGGGAUGCAAAUGAUGAAAAAUGGGAAGAUGAGAAAGAAAAUGGAAAUGUAAGAAAGAAAACGGGGUACAGGUGUUAAAAAUGGGAAGAUGAAAGAGAAAAUGGGUAGGUGAGAAAGAAAAUUGGGAAAAUGAGAAAGAAAACAGGGUACAGGUGAUAGAAAAUGGGAAGACGACUAAGAAAACAGCCCCGCCCCGCCCCGACUUCGUAAUACCAGCGGGGCAGAGCGUGUAGCCUGCCCCGUGAUGUUGUGGGGCAUUAGCUAGUGAGACUGUGGUAGCUUGUGGACCCCCGCAGCCCCUCAGCCCCGCCCCCCUCCCCCCCGACACAACCACCACCACCACCCCUCAGCUCGUCGGGGCGGGGCGCGGGGCGGGGCGACUCUUUUUGAUACUGCUGACUCUGUAUAGGCGUUGCUGUCUGCUAGUGGCUGUGUGUGUGUGUGUGUGUGCGUGUGAGUGAGUAUGUGGUGGUGGUGGUGGUGUUUUUGUAUGUACACACACACACACACACACACACACACACACACACACACAUACACCCAUACAUACAUACAUAUCAGACUAGAGAAAUUGAAGUUUGUUUAUAUGGAUCAGAAGAGGAAAAGGAGGAGGAGGAGGAGGAAGAGAGAAGAUUCAGAACGGAAGAAAGGAAUGAAUGGAGGAAAUGAUGAAUGAAUUAGUGGAAUGAAGAAGGAAAUGAUGAAUGAAUAAGUGGAAUGAAUAAGAAAAGAAAAAAGUGAUGAAUGAAAGGAAAGAAGGAAGAACCAACCAAAUUUCAACACACACACACACACACACACACUCUGCCGUCGAGCCCAAGAACACACACACACACACACACACACGCACGCCACUACGUCAGCACUUCUUGGAUUCUCAUUAAGUUAGUUCCCCUGACGCUGAGCCACGAUGUUCUAGAAGCCGUCCGUAGCUGACCACAUGCUGAUCUCCGCCCCCCCUCGCCCCCCAUGACCCCCCGACCUGGCUCCACCCCCACCCCCUCCAUCCCCCCCCACCCCCACCACAACCUCGGAAAAUGUAAUAGUCACCCCCUUCGCCAUCACCACCACGAUCAAAUAUGCUACGAGUGUUUGUUUUUUGUUUUAUUUUGCGUUUGUGAGCGAGCACCCAAGAGCAAAAUAAGCAAAACAAAGCAAUGACAUCUACUUCAAUCUACGCGAAUCUGAAUUACAUGUUAUUUUGUUAUAUUUUGGAAGAUUGCAAUGUGAAAAAAAUAGACAUGUACUUUGAUUUCGUUUUCGGCAAAGACCGUGAUCUGAAAACAUGUGCAUUUAGACUACGCUUUAUUUUAAGAACGCGAUUUGUGGAAAGAAAAUGGAUACCUCGAUUUACGCGAAUUCAAAUUACACGAUUUCUUUAGCAAAAUGAAUAUGAAUAAAGAAACAAUCUAUAUAUACCUCAAUUUGGGAAAGACCUCGAUCUGAAACUGUGAAUUUAGACUACGCUUUUUUUUAAGAAGGCGAUCUGUGAAAAAAAAUGGAGGUCUCGAUUUAUGCAAGUUCGAAUUAUACGAUUCAAAGAAAAAAUAUAUAUAUGAACAAAGAAACAAUAUAGAUAUACCUCAAUUUUGGGAAAGACCUCGAUCUGAAACAGUGUGAAUUUAGACUAAGCUUUUUUUUAAGAAUGCGAUUUGUGAAAAUAAUUGGAUAUCUCGAUUUACGCGAAUUCGAAUAACACGAUUUUUUUAGACAAAUUAAAUGUGAACAAAAAAACAAUCUAGAUAUACCUCAAAUUUGGGAAAGACCUCCAUCUGAAGCAAUGUGAACUUAGACCACGCUUUUUUAAGAAUGCGAUUUGUGAAAAGAAAAAAAGAAUAUCUCGAUUUACGCGAAUUCAAAGAAAAAAAUAUAUAUGAACAAUGAAACAAUAUCGAUGUACCGCAAUGUGAGAAAGACCGUGAUAUGAAAACAUGUGAAUUUAGACUUCGCUUUCUUUUUUAAGAACGCAAUUUGUGAAAAGAAUUGGAUAUCUCGAUUUACGCGAAUUCGAAUUACACGAUUUUUUUUAGACAUGAAAUGUGAACAAAGAAAAUAUAUAUAUAUAUAUAUAUAUAUAUAUAUAUAUAUAUAUAUAUAUAUAUAUAUAUAUAUAUAUAUAUAUAUAUAUAUAUAUAUAUAUAUAUAUAUAUAUACCUCAAAUUUGGAAAGACCUCGAUCUGAAACAAUGUAGAGUUAGAUUACACCUUUUUUUUCCGAUUAUGUGGAAGAAGAAAAAGAAAGAUACCUUGAUAUACGCGAAUUCGAAUUACACUUUUUGAGAACGAAAUAUGAAAAAAACAUGAUGGAUUUACCUUAAUUUUGGAAAAGACCGCGACCGGAAAAAAAAUGUGGAGUUAGAUUAAGCUUUUUUCAAGAAUACAAUUAUGUGAAAGAAGAAAAAGAAAGACCCUUGAUAUAUGCGAAUUCGAAAUACACUUUUUGAGAACGAGAUAUGAACAAAAAACAUGAUAGACAUACCUCAAUUUUGGGAAAGACCGCUUUUUUAAGAAUGUGAUUAUGUGAAAAAAGAAAAAGAAAGAUACCUUGAUAUGUGCGAAUUCGAAAUACACUUUUUGAGAACGAAAUAUGAACAAAAAUCGUGAUAGACACACCUCAAUUUUGGGAAAGACCGCUUUUUUUUUAAGAAUAUGAUUAUGUGAAAGAAGAAAAACAAAGAUAGCUUGAUUGACGCGAAUUCGAAAUAAACUUUUUGAGAACGAAAAAUGAACAAAAAACAUGAUAUAUAUACCUCAAUUUUGGGAAAGACCGCUUUUUUUUUAAGAAUAUGAUUAUGUGAAAGAAGAAACAGAAAGAUAUCUUGACAUACGCGAAUUCGAAUUACACUUUUUGAGAACGAAAUAUGAACAGAAAACAUGAUAGAUAUACCUCAAUUUUGGGAAAGACCGCGAUCUGAAAAAAAUGUGAACUUAGACUACGCAUUUUUUAAGAAUGCGAUUUGUGAAAGAAGGAAUAGAAAGAUACCUUGACAUACGCGAAUUCGAAAUACACUUUUUGAGAACGAAAUGUGAACGAAAAACAUGAUAGAUAUACCUCAAUUUAUGCGAAUCCAACUUAUCACGUUCCUUUUUAUUGGGAAAACGUGAUGCAAAACACACACACAAAAAAAAUGCAAAGAUGUGAAUACCUCAAUUUACACGAAUCUCAGUGACACAUUUAUUAUGAACAAGACAUGAAGGAAUCUCAGUAUGUGUCUUACUUCACAUGUUCCGGCAACCACGACGCACGCCAAUCCCCUCGACGUGGUAAUCGUACAGUACUGAGGCCUUUCCACUUCACUUUCACUUUCCACUUUCCACUUUCACUUCACUUCACUUGUAAAGGAAAGCAAGUCAGACAUAUCAUUGGUUGUAUUAAUUUCAUCGUAAAGAGAAAGAAACUCAACAUCUUCCUCUACAAUGAAUAUAAUACGUCCAGAACAUCGUAAAUCGAGAAGGUUGAAUCCACAUUGUUAUAAAGGAAAGCAAGUCAGACAUAUCAUUGGUUGUACUCAAUUCAUCGUAAAGAGAAAGAAACUGGACAUAUGUUACUCUACAGCGAAUAAAAUGUCAUCGAAUCGUAAAUCCAGAAUGUUGAAUCCACAAUGUUGUAAAGGAAAGCAAGUCAGACAUAUCAUUGGUUGUAUUUAUUUCAUCGUAAAAAGACAGAAACUGGACAUAUGUUACUCUACAGUGAAUAUAAUGUCACCGAAUCGUAAAUCCAGAAUGUUGAAUCCACAGUGUUGUAAAGGAAAGCAAGUCAGACAUAUCAUUGGUUGUAUUCAAGUUGUAUUCAUUUCAUCGUAAAGAGAAAGAAACUGGACAUAUGUUACUCUACAGUGAAUAUAAUGUCUCCAGAUGAUCGUAAAUCCAGAAGGUUGUAUCCAGAUCAUCGUAAAUCCAGAAUUUUGUGUCCAGAUCAUCGUAAAUCCAGAAGGUUGUGUCCAGAUCAUCGUAAAUCCAGACGGUUGUGUCCAGAUCAUCGUAAAUCCAGAAAGUUGUGUUUAAAUCAUAGCAGGAGCGAAUGAGUGGUGUCCAGCGCUUUUCCGAAUCAGACGCUCUCAAUCUUAUCGCCAACCAAUCACACGUCUUUGUCAUUCACCAAGCACCGUGUCUCGUCGCCACCUCUGACCAAUCACGAAAGCUCCUCCACAUCGUCAGUCAAUAGCAGGGAAGAUCUAGUCAUCGUAACCAAUCAACGGGUCCACAAUCAUGUCAGUCAGUCAGGAGGAGCCAGUCGGAGCUACCCACGUUACCGCCACGGCCCUUGAGUUAAAAGUUACCAGUCAAUGAGUCUAUAUCCCGGUCAGUUUUCCCCUUCGCAGUCACGGUAGUCCUCAUAACCACUGGCUGUCCUCUCAGUGAUCAUAACGCCGAAUCCAAUACAAAGCCUGCGCGCUCUGCUGUACAAGAGGCCGAGCUAACAGGCGGACAAUAGCUGAAGUUCAAUUUAGUUUGCGUGUGGUUUCCCCUCACGCCGCCAGGACUGCAAACCGGAUCUCAUACUACAGUUUGCGCGGGUGAUUAUUGCCCAAGAGUCCGCGCAUCGAGAUUUGCCGCGCAACUCCCACCACUCGGCCAUGACAACGUAAGUGCAUGCAACGCCUUCAGUGGGAUGCAGUAGCGAUGGUAUACGCGUGUGUGUGUGUGUGUGAAUGGGGGACUUCAACAACAAGGGAGUUCUUUAGCGAUGGCUGAGGUUACUAUGGAUGUGACAGGUGAGAACAUGCAAGGGGAAUAGAGAUGGCGAAGGUUUCUGAGUCUAUAGGUGUGUGUGAAUGGGGGACUUCAACAAGGGAGUUAGUGAUUGCUGAGGUUACUAAGUCUUUGGAUGUGAUAGGUGAGAACAUGCAAGGGGAAUAGAGAUGGCGAAGGUUUCUGAGUGAGGUGUGUGUAGAGAGGCAAUUGUAUGUUAGAUUAGACCAUGCAAGGGGAUUAUAUAGAGAUGGGUGAGGGUUAAGUGUCCAGGGUUGAUCAGCUGUGCAUAGACGUGAGUGGUAUUGGUAAGAGCAUUUGGAGGUUCAGUGGGGCAUAGCAACAGCUGUCUUGGUUCCUAAAUGGUUUCUGAUCCUCUUUAAUGCCGUGAGGGUGUUGGGCUGUAUUGAAGGAGGUUUAGUUCGACGUAUGCAACCUUCUCUUCCUCUUCUCCCCUUCUUCUCCUUCUUCCUCUUUCUCCUAUUUGUCGAUAGCCUCAGUUACAAUACUACAACCCAUCCCCUCUUUUUUAAGGAUAGAGGAACCAUAGAAUUUAUUAUUGAUAUUUUCACAGUGACGGAGGCAAGUCAAGGCAAUAAACAAAACACUGUCGCCGUUCCUGCAAAGAGUAGACAGCGAGGGUAGCCGAGAGAGAGGAUCAGAUUCGAUUGGAAAAGUGUCGUGGAUGGAAAGUUAAGAGAGAUGAACUACAGUAUCGGUACGUGCGGUCAUACUAGUCUUGUCAAUAUGCGAGGUGGCGAGUAAAAGGGACUCCCAAAAAGCUCAUGACUAGGAUGAAACUACUGAAUAUUGGGCUUUUGAGGGAUGUAGAGUUUAGGUGAGGAAAUGCCAUAUCUGUGUUGUCUGAAUGCGAGGUGGCGAGUAAAAGGGACUCCCAAAAAGCUCGUGGCCAGGAUGUAACUACUGAAUACUGGGCUUUUGAGGGAUGUAGAGUUUAGGUGAGGAAAUACCCUACUUUUUUUUUCUUCUUUUUUUACAGAUAAGGAGACAGUUCAAGGGCGUGAAAAAGAAAAGAAAACAAUAAUGAAAAAAGAAAGCCCGCUACUUACUGCUCCUGAAUAGAAUACAGAGGAGUGGCCGAAAAUAUAGGUCAAUAAUUUCGGGAGAAGAGGUGUCCAGAUACCCUACUCUUGGGUUGUCUAUAUGCGAAGUGGCGAGUAAAAGCGACCACCAUCAAGCUACCGAAUACUGUGCUUAUGAGGAAUAAAGUUAAGGAGUAUGAUAACCUAUACUUGUGCUGUCUAUAUGCAAAUGCUCUAUAAGGGGCUCUCCCGAAGCUCAUGGUUAAAAAAAAAUAUAGCAAGUUAAGCUUAGAGAGUAUCUGAUGUAAGAGUUAGAUGAGUGGAGGUGUUUUGAGGUGCAAGAGAAAGUGUUUGAGUGUGUGUAUAUAAGAAGGCGAUAAAAAGGGGACUCUCCCGAAGUUCAUGGCCGCAGUGAAGCGACGAAAAUGAAAAUAUGAAAAACUAGAAAAAGGUUAGUAGGUGUUUAUAUGCAAGAGAACGAUAAAAAGGGGACUCUCCCGAAGCUCAUGGCCGCAGUGAAGCAUCGAAAAUGAAAAUAUGAAAAACGAGAUAAGGUUAAUAGGUGUUUAUAUGCAAGAGAGCGAUGAAAAAAGGGACUCCUAAAACUCGCGAACAGAAUGAAACUACUUAAGGAUAUGAAAAGUUGAAGAGAAACGAAAAUCUAGAAAAAAUCAACUCAAAAAAGGGAAAUGUAGCGUUGUGUAUAUAGGAGUGGCCGAUCGAAGGGACUCCCACAAAGCUCGUGAACUUGAUAAAACAAAAUACUUAAAAUAGAAAAGUUAAGGAAAAUAAGUUCAUGUUAUGUUUUAUACCGUGUGAUGUGUUGUUUGUUGACAUAAUGGUGAAAAUACUUAAGGGCCCCGUCUGAAGCGUAAUAACGUGAGUGGGGGGCCCCUGAGCGAGCAUAAAGGGGUGGGGUGUGGUGCAGAGGGGGUGCGGGGGGAUGUGUUAGUGUGAUGAAGGGACCGGGGGGGGGAAGGGUGUUGCUACUCCUCCUCGUACACACACACACACACACACACACACACACACACACACACACACACACACACACACACACACACACACUUCCCUCCCCCUCCCCGUCUUUGGAAAUAAAAAAAAUAUAAAAAAAUCCACACACGAAUUUAAAAAAAAAGAAAGGUGAAAGAAAAACAUUAUAUGAAGUCAGCCAUCGUGUGUGUGUGUGUGUGUGUGUGUGUGUGUGUGUGUGUGUGUGUGUGUGUGUGUGUGUGUGUGACAUCAAUACAAUCACCAUCCACUUUGUUUGUUUGUUUGUUUGUUCUCAAUACUCAUUCCUUACCUGUUUGUUUACAUAAUAUUGGUCCUAUGUUUCUGUGACGUAAGCAGCGAAUGACGUCAGCAGGAAUGGACGCUUGUGAUUGGCUCUUGAAGGCGUGACGUCACACUCAGACCAGCCAAUCACAAGGCGUUAUUCAUAGUGUUGUUAUUAUUAUUAUUAUUAUUAUUAUUAUUAUUAUUAUUAUUAUUAUUACAUUUGUUACUACUACGACUACUGCUUUUACUAUUUUUACCUAUUUUUCUCUAUAACUUGAAAUUUUAGGCGAAAACUACUCAUCUUUCUCUCUCUCUCUCUCUCUCUCUCUCUCUCUCUCUCUCUGAUUAGUGAUAUUGUGUGUAUAGUUGAGAGAGAGAGAGAGAGAGAGAGAGAGAGAGAGAGACGAAGUAAAAAGAAAGCUAAAAACUGUCUCAAAAUAAUAUUAAUAAAAUGCGACAGAAACACACGAAUGAACACACACACACACACACACACACGAAGAAGAAGAAGAAGAAGAGGAGGAGGAGGAGGAGGAGGAUAAGGAGAUAAAUGUAUGAUAAAAAAAAAACAGAAAAUCAAAGAGAAGCAGGAAGUUCUCACGACGCACGGCUGAUUUCAUUUAUUUUUGUGAGGGUGAUGAGGAGUUUACCGAGGUUUCCCCUCCCCCCCCCUACGAAAUUCAGGACGAAGUGAUAACAAUUUGGUCCAAGUUCGUAAACGACGUGAUAAUUGCUCAUGCAUGACGGUGGGAUGCAAAUAUAUUAGACUUAACAAACGUAUGUGUAAAGUGAUAGGUGAUGAAUAACUUUUAAAAACGCCAAAAAAAUGAAAGCAUAACUGUAGGUGAUUUCGUUUCGGCCGCCAAAAUGGACAUCACCAAACCAGGGACGGAACCGUAUCCCCCAAAAUAUACCCUUUACUUAACUUCUCAUACACCAAAACCAGUUGAAAUUAAUUAAAAACAACAUUGGAGGCCGUUUUUCAUGGGUAUCAGCGUGUAUUGAAGCGCUUAAAGUAAUAUAAGGCCCGUGGUACCGUCCCUGGGUUGAGAUGCGACUCGUGUCAACAUGGGUGUGCUUGGCUGGUGUGUGUGUCAUGGCGGGUUAUAUUUUCCGUGCUGGCGGCGGCGGGAAGCGACUGACGGAGGGAAGGAGGUCGUCUGAGUGAGGUUCGUUAUCCUUGCGUUGUUACCGUUGACUGUUUGUAUCGACACCAUUACUAUUAUUGCCAUUAUCGCCCUUUGUAAGCGGCUGCGUGGAGGAACUUGCGGGUUGGUUGUGUUUCUGAUGUUGAUAAGCUAUUUUUUGUCUUGUGUUGGCUAUAAUUUGUGUUUCUGGUGUUGCUGGGCUAUUUUGUUUUGGUUGUCAAUGGUUGUGUUUCUUUGGGUGUGGUUCUGAUGUUGCUAGGCUAUUUGUUUCUCCUUGUGUUUCUGAUGUUGCUAUUUUUUUCUCUUGUGUUGGCUAUAAUUUGUUUCUGAUGUUGCUAGGCUAUUUUUUUCUCUUCUUGUGUUUCUGAUGUUGCUAGGCUAUUUUUUUCUCUUCUUGUGUUUCUGAUGUUGCUAGGCUAUUUUUUUCUCUUCUUGUGUUUCUGAUGUUGCUAGGCUAUUUUUUUCUCUUCUUGUGUUUCUGAUGUUGCUAGGCUAUUUUUUUCUCUUCUUGUGUUUCUGAUGUUGCUAGGCUAUUUUUUUCUCUUCUUGUGUUUCUGAUGUUGCUAGGCUAUUUUUUUCUCUUCUUGUGUUUCUGAUGUUGCUAGGCUAUUUUUUUCUCUUCUUGUGUUUCUGAUGUUGCUAGGCUAUUUGUUUAUCCUUGUGUUUCUGAUGUUGCUACUUUUUCUCUUGUGUUGGCUAUAAUUUGUGUUUCUGAUGUUGCUAGGCUAUUUUUUUCUCUUGUGUUUCUGAUUUUGCUAGGCUAUUUUUUUCUCUUCUGUUUCUGAUGUUGCUAGGCUAUUUUUUUCAUCCAUGUGUUUCUGAUGUUGUUACUUUUUCUCUUGUGUUGGCUAUAAUUUGUUUCUGAUGUUGCUAGGCUAUUUUUUUAUCCUUGUGUUUCUGAUGUUGCUAUUUUUUCUCUUGUGUUGGUUAUAAUUUGUGUUUCUGAUGUUGCUAGGCUAUUUUUUUCUCUUCUGUCUCUGAUGUUGCUAAGCUAUUUUUUCUCUUGUGUUGGCUAUAAUUUGUUUCUGAUGUUGCCAGGCUAUUUAGUGAUGGUUGUCAUUGGUUGUGUUUCUUUGCGUGUGUGUUUCUGGUUUUGCUAGGCUAUUUGUAUUUUGUGUUGGUCAUUAUAUAGUCGUGUUUCUUUUAGGUGUGUUUCGUUUUUCUUGUGUGAUGGUAUUACGGAUUUCAUUAUACCGUGAUUUUUGUUUUUGUGUUGGUGAUUGUUUUCCUUUUUAUUUAUUUAUUUAUUUAUUUAUUUUUUAUUUUUUUUGUAUUGGAACAGCUAAAGGGCAUACCAAACAAAAACAAAAGCCAGUUCUGACUAGGCUAUUCUCAAGGUUCUUACACGUUUUACUUUACUGAUUCAUUACUUUUAUUUCGUUUUAUUUCAUUCUCCGUUUUUCUUUUAUAGUUCUCGUGUAUUUUUUCACAUUUCCUCUACUACGGAGUUUUGGUUUUCAUCCUUAUUCGCUUUUUUAUUUAUAUUUAAUCUUUUCUAGCUUAUUUUGGGUUCCCGUAUUCGCUUCUUUAUCUAUAAGAGUGUUUUUGUAUUCACGAUUCACGCUUAUAUUUGUAUCAAUACUUUACGAUGUUUUUGGGGUACCCGUUCUCUCUUUAAUAUCCCCGUAACUAUUAUAUCUUGCAUUGAUUUCCCUUCCUCGCCUCUCCUUUCGUCCCUAGUGGCUAUGAGCUUACCCUAAAUCCUUGUUACUCUAUUGCUCAAUACUAACUGAUGACUAUGAUUAUGCAGAGAGAGAUAUAAAGGUUCAAGAUUUGUGUAUUGGCUGAGGAGGAGGAGGAGAAAGGGGGAAGGUAUAGGAAAAGAAUGCAGGAGAAAGAGGAGAUAAAUAAAAACGAAAGAAGGAGGAGGGAAAAAAAAAGAAUAAAAGGAGGAGAAGGAGGAGGAAGAAAAAAGAGUGUCUACAGGAUGAAAAGAAGAUAAGAAAGAGAGAGAAAAGAACAGGAGGAGGAGGAAAAAUGAAUGUGAAUUGGCUGGAUGAGGAGAGAGAGAGGAGGAGGAAAAAAAAGAGAUGAAAGGAGUAAGAAUGAAGAAAGUAGAUGAAGGGAAUAACUAGAAAAGGAGGAAGAAUAGGAGAUGGAGGAGGCAGAAAAAGAGAAAAAAAGGUGAUAGUUCAGAAUCACACUUCAUAAGAUCUGUUGAGAAAUAAGAACAAUAAAUCUUAGACAUUUGAAAAUAAGUGAAGGAAAAGGUAAUUCACUGCUGUGUACCCGAAUCUCACUACUACUACUACUACUACUAUUAUCAUUAUUAAUACUAUCAUUAUUAUUGUUCCUCCCGCAGCUGUUUAUGGGCGUGUUUGUGUAAAAAUCAUAACUGUGUUUCGUUCUUCGCUGAAACAUUGUAACUAGACUAUUACCAUAUCGGAAGGCUUGUUGUUUGUUUGUUUGUUUGUUUUGUGUUUGUUGCGCACCUGGGACUCACGGUAAACACACACACACACACACACACACACACACACACACACACACACACACACACACACACACAGGUAGCGGGCUUUUUUUUUAUUAUUGUUUACUUUUUUUGUGCCCUUGAGCUGUCUCCUUUGUUGUAAAGAAAAACGUACAUGUGCACACAAAUUAUAUACAUGUACACACAGACUAUACAUGUAUACAUAAAUUAUAUAUAUAUAUCGUGUAGCGUUGGCGAAUCGUAUACAUACAUACAUACAUACAUACAUACAUACCAAUAUCGCAAUAACUGAUGCUGUGUGAGUGAUAGGUAUACGCACACACGCACACGCACGCACACAAAUACGCACACAAGUCAAAUCGUACACAUAGAAGGUUGUAUUCAUGUAGGGUCAGUUAAUAAAAAAAUAAAAAAAAUAUCAUGUAUACAUUGAUACGUACACAGCCCCGACCGCCUUCAUCGAAAUCCCGUGUGCGUAUUUCCAUGUGCGUGUGUGUGUGUACAUGUGUGUGUACGGAGGGUGUGUAGGCCAAAGUGUUCCAUAUAAAGUUACUAUGCAGUGUGUAGGGGGGUAGGGGUAAGGGGGGAGGGGAGGGGGGCGGUGUGUGUGUGUGUGUGUGUGUGUGUGUGUGUGUGUGUGUAGGGGUAGUGAUGUUGUGUGUGUGUGGGGGGGAGGGGGUUCCUGUGCGUGUGUGUGUUUAUGGGUAAUAGUGAUGUGUUGGGGGGUGUGUGUGUGUGUGUGUGUGUGUGUGUGUGUGUGUGUGUGUGUACAGUAGUGUGUAGAUACCGACGGUUUGUAUAUGUGUGUGUGGCAGUGUUGUGGGCGUGCGGGCGUGGACGAACACACACACACACACACACUGAAAAAAAAACGCGUACACACACACAAACGAAUGAAACGAACUACCUUCCUAUGCAUCUCUUACACACACACACACACACACACACACACACACACACACACACACACACACACACACACACCGCCACGCCCGCACACGCCCGCACACGCCUGGACUCCGAAUAAUACUAAUAAUAAAACAAUAAUCAAAGAAACGCCGGCUAGGGCUCCUGUUUAGAUAGACGAAUACCAAAAAAAACAAGAAAAAAUAACAAAAAACAACAACAAAAAUAACAAUAGCAUGCAUACACACACUAGACCUAAUGAUGAUGAUGAUGAAAACAGGAAUAACAGACAAAAUACCGACCUACCCCCUCCCCCCUUGAUAUAGAAAACGAAGAAAACAAUAGAAAGAAAACGAACACCUCACCUGUAUUAAAUCAUCACACCUGACCGUUUGUUCGUUUGUUUGUUGGUUUCUCUGUAUAUAUAUGCAUUAACCUCUUUUUUUUUUUUUUCUCCCUCGUGUCAAAGUUGGUUAAAUUGAUGCAUUGGUUGACGGAUGUGAUUUAUUUUUUUGUGUGUGUUAUUUUCAGGUUCAUGUCAAUCAAAUUACAGGUAAAAAGUAUCUAUAGUUCAGGUUUGUUUAUACGGGAUUGGAGAAAGCGAUGAUGCUGAUGAUGAAUAAAAUUUGAGUGGUGGAGUGGUUACC